UCUACAAUUGCAAUUGAGUGUACUGCGGCCAAGACACCUCAAACACGAAACGUUUCACUUUGCUUCCUUGCUUAUAUCGUCACUCGAGGUUGGCGACCACUGAAGUACCGACGAUUGAUUCAGCCUCUCACAAAUGUCUGAGGAUGAUGAUCGCGCCGCGAAGGCCGCUCGGGCAAAGGCCUUGCUCAACCGGAAGCGACAGCAGAAGAAGACUGCUGGCAGCGGCUCGUUGGCAAGUCCAUCUCCGUCAAGAUCAUUCACUCCAGCUCCCCAGGAGUCUGCACCCUCCACGGAAGACACCAAGAAUGAUGUUGCUGACCUCUUCACACCGGCAGAUUCUGACGUGAACUGGAUAGAGUCUCUGUCCAGAGUAGACGUCCCGCACUCGGUGGCUUCCGACGCUAUGCCAACAAAUCCGCGUACUUCAUCAGUUAUUUCUGGGAAGCAAGAUGAGGAGUUGCGGUCUCAGUUGACGUCCCUGCAGAAGACGGUGACCUCUGUUCAAAAUGAGAAUAGCAGCCUACGGAGUUCGUUAAGUCGCCUAGAAGCACUUGAGACAGGCACUAAGGCCCAGCUAAAGAAGCUCGACGAAGAAAGGAACGCACUUCAGCUUCAUCUUCAGCAGGAACAGCAGCGUGCUCAAGAUGCGUUGCAGGCGUGUCAGGCAGAGCUUCUGCAAUUGAAAUUGCAGGCCGACGAGCUUCGACGAAGUCAUGCAGAGGUUCAGGCUGAGAAUGCACAAAUCAGUGAACGUCACGCAGGGGAACUCGACGAUCACCGACGCAUAGCGAAUUCUCACAAGGAAGAGGCCAAGAAGCUUUCGGACCAGCUCAGCGCAGCGCGCGUUGAAAUACAGGACCUUCACUCUAAAGAGGCGGAGUCCACUAAACGUCAGAACGAGCAGGAUGAAAACCAUCAGAAGACUAUUUCCCUCCUUGUUUCAGAAAAGACAUCAUUACUGGCGUCAGUUGUUCGCCUUGAGGAGCUCGAGACCGAGACACAAGAGAAGGGUGAAUUACUCCAGGCUGAACGCAAUAAAUCACAGUCGCUCGACGAACGCGUCCAAGAACUGGAGAGCAGUUCCUCUAAGCUCAACAUGCAGCUACAAGAAGCCCUCGUACGGGAAAGAGACCUGACUGAAAAGUCCCGGGACCAAGAGAGAGAACUACAGCUUCUCAAUGCUUCUCUGGAGGAAGUGAGGUCUGCGUCUGAGCAGCGUCAACAGCGUGUUCGCGAACUCGAGGAGCAAAUCGAAAGCGACGAUCGUGCCGAACAGCUGGAGGAGUCACUCAAGAACACUCAGGAUCGCGCCGAAGAGCUUGAGUUUCAGCUCGCUAAGCUCAAGCAGACUCUCGCAAGUACAAAACACGAGAAGGAUGAGAUACAAUCUCAGCUUCAGUUGCGGACUGAUGCCGAAGCUGAGUGGAAGGCUAAGCACGCAGGUCUCGAGGAGCAACACUCUUCCCUCCAGGAGCAUAUCCACUCUGCCAACCAGGAUCGUGAUGCGUUGCUUGAAGAGCGCGCGUCACUCCAGUCUCAGGUCAACUUCAACCAAGGCGCGGUUAAGCAGCUUCAGCAAAAGCUUGGUGAGGUUGCGUCGGAGUUAUCGUCGAGCGACCGUGCCCUCCAGAAUGCUCAUGGCGACCUAAGAGCUGCCAUUCGGCGAGCUGAAGAAGCCGAAAGGACACAGAAAGAUCUGCAGACAGAGGGUACAAGGUUGAUGCAGUCUCUGGAUGAGAUGCGACCCAAGUUUGUGGAGCUUACUUCCACCAAAAUGGAGUUGAUGGAACGAAUCGACAAGCUUGAGCAUGAAAUGAAUUCACGAGAUACUUUUAUCUCCAAGCUCGAACUCGCGCUUAACGAGGCGAUGGAGCGGGAGGCCGAGGCAGCCAAGGCUCAUAAAGAGUCGGGAACGUCGCAGGAGAAGGACAAAGUCUCGCUGCAACAAGCGAUCGUUGAGCUACAGCAGGGCUAUGCCGAGCUGCAGGCUGAACUAGAGUCAUCGCAAGCGGCAGUGCUCACUUUGGAGGGGGACCGUACGCAGCUGCGGCAAAUCGAGGCACGUCAGCUAGAAAUCAUUGACCGCCUCUCCGUGGAAUCCGACCAGCAUUCGCAAGCAAUGUCCCGUUUGGAGUCGGACCUUCGGUCAUACAGGAACCUUGAAGAGGAACUUGAACGAUCCAACUACGAAAAUGAAGCUCUUCAGGCGGAGUUGAGCGCUAAAAAUGAUGAGAUAGAGCACCUCCGAACCUCUUCAUCUGACGAGGAUGCUCCUCGUUCACUGGAUGACGAGAUGCUUGGUGCACUCAGAGUCCAACAUGCUAUGGAUCUUUCCAAUGCCCACUCCCAAAUUCGUGCCUUGGAGACCACCGUCUUCGAAGCUCAGGCGAAAUCUCAUAAUCUGCAGAAGCAAAUCAACAUUUUAGAAGACCAGCUCGCACAACAGCGCUCCACGUCCAGAGCAACCUCUAGAGCGUUUUCUCCUGGAUUGCCGGGCAGACCCUCCAGUCGUAACCUUAAUAAUACGGAUCUACGACGUGGGUCUUUCACCCACAAACCAAGUAAUCUUGCCCCGCCAUCCCCACGGACUGUUUUCGACGUCGGACUCUCAGCCGAAACUCGCCACAAGCGUCAAGUCAGCCUUGGCAUGUUAAAAGCGCGUAUUGAUAGCGAGGUGGCGGCCUCAGCUGGUGGUUAUCCUUUGUCACGACAGCUUUCUCCUGUUCCGCAAGGCAACGAAGAUGCAGAGCACAUACACCGGCGACCACAGUUCAUGGAUGAGUCUCAUAUAUUCUGGUGUCAUUCGUGUCGUGGAGAUUUAGUUAUUCUAUGAUAUCCCCCCUGUUAUUUCGUUUACAUCUUACACAUCUGGAUCACAAGUUCGACUGCCAAGUGUGCACGUGUGUUGAAGAUCGUCAUAUGCUGGCAUUCGCUGC